AUGAUUUUCGUCCUCGCUUAUGGUUUCCGUUUAAGCUUGUCAGACAUGUGUUCGCCAAAUGUGCACACUUAUGUGGAAGAAAAAUCUUUGAAAUCGAGUUCGCUUUUCCAUGUACUAUUUGAUCACGACUUCAUCAUGAACGGUUGCCGUCCAGGAGAGUUUAUGACGCCGCCAUUCGUCGGCACCGUACCUCACACCGUCAUCGAAAGAAGAUCUGCUGAACGAAAGUCUCGUUUCUUUAAUCGUUCACCCUCAAGUCGUUUCUCGUAUUCAAGACGAACUAGACGUGGUCAUUCGGCUGAUUCGCCAUUUCGUCGAGCUAUACCGUACAGAUCUACCAUUGGACCAGGAACCAUGUUAGUUCCCGGCCAACCGCAGUUACCUCCGAUGCCACCAGAGGAUCAACUGGCGACAAUGUUUGACCAAGUGUUGAAACAAAUGGACUUGCCAGUGGACAAAGUACGAAUACUAAAGGAAUAUAAUAAUGAGAAGAAAUGGAAGGUGGUCGUAGAUAGUCAAGGCAUGAAUGCACAUGUGGAUCCUGCGAGCUAUCUGACGAAACUGUCUUAUUUUCUUGACAAGAAGACAUUGAAAAAGAAUAAGAAAGUUCUUGGGGACGAAACAUCAACUGCUGUUUUAAAACAUAUUGAGAUAUCGUUAAGAACAAAUAGCGUUGACUGGGUGAUACAAUUUUUGAAUCCACCGAAUAAUGGAUUACAAGUUCUUGUGGAAUACAUGAACCAGCUGUUGUUGGAAGCGUCUUCACAAGCAUGUACGGAAACUCCAGCAGGAUCCGCUGUGGACUGCGCAGAUCAUGUAAUACCUUCGAGCUCCUCAGGUUCUACGGUUACUUCGGCUUCCUUGUUCAGAAAAAAUCCCACAAUAAGCUCUCGAACUACCAAAGUAAUCAAAAACGUUGGCGAAUUGGAAGAUGACGUUCAUGUGUGCAUUAUGUGCCUGAGGGCUAUAAUGAAUAAUAAGCGCGGUUUCGAGCUAGUAUUUGCCGACUCGAGAGCCAUUUACUGCAUUGUACGAAGUAUUCUUCACCAAAGUUUAAGGACGAAAACAUUGGUAAUGCAGAUGUUAUCAUCUAUAUGUAUGGUACAAGGUGGACAGGAACUUGUCAGCGAUGCUUUUGACCAGUUUCGAUUGGAUUAUCGUGAACGACAUCGAUUUCAAACGCUCAUGUACUUCAUUAGGAAUCCACCAGAAUUCCACGUUGAGUUCUUAUCAUCAGCAGUGCAGUUUCUGGAUAUAUUCUCGUCUGUUGAAGAUAUGAAUCAACGAGUAUAUUUACAAUAUGAAUUGCAUCUACUCGGCUUGGAUGAAUACAUUGACGAGAUGGCCGAAUGCCAAUCUGACGAGCUACAAGCCCGUAUGUCCGCAUAUGCAAACGGUGAGCUAGAUGUUGCUGCUCUGGUAGAUGAUUCCCACCACAAAGCUCGUUUACUAGAAGAAUGUGACCAACUUAAAAGUCGUCUAUCUCAUGCUAAUGAACGAGUCCAAGAAGUGGAGGCUAAGUGGAUCACUGACAAGGCAGCACUUGAUCGGCGGCUACUGGAUCUUGUGCGAGAGCGAGAUCGAAUGCAGAAAGAGCAUGAAGCUCAAGAAGGGUCAUGGAAGAAGACAAUGAGCGAGAAGGAUCGUCAGGCCAGGGAGAAGCAGGCGAGACUAGAACAACGGAUCCAAGAGUUGGAAGCGAUUCAGAAAACGAUGCAGGCCGGGUUACAAGUCCAGCAACAAGCAAAGUCUCCGCCCACCCCACCUCCUCCAGCUCCUGGCCCCCAUCGCGAGAAUGGCGCUCCAUCUCCACCUUCUCUGCCUGCAGCCUCAGCGAAUCUUCUCGCUCCGGUGACAGGAGGACCACCAGCACCACCAUUACCGCCAUGCGUAAUGUCUAAUGGGAGUGUUAAAACAAAUGCUGCACCUCCCCCUCCACCGCCUCCUCCUCCAGUUGCCCUAGGAAAAAUAAGUGCUGGACCACCUCCACCUCCUCCACCUGGACUAAUGAGCUCUCACGUUCCCUCUGCUAGCACUAUAAGGAAGACUUAUCAGACGAGAAAUAAGCUGCCGCAAUUGAACUGGACAGCUAUGAAGCCUAAUCAAGCGAAGAACACCGUUUUUGAAGAUCUAAAUGAUGAAAAAAUUAUUGAGAAAUUGGAUUUCUCAAAGCUGGAAGAGAUGUUUAAACUACAGGCAGCUAGUGGAGAUGUAUCCGUGGAGAACGGUAACAGACUAGAAGUCAGCAACACGGGAGUUGGUGUUGGUCAACACAGCCCCGGUUCAACGGGAAGCGGACCAAUAAAAAAGAAUACGUUGCUUGAUACGAAAAGAUUGCAGAAUGUUGCAAUCACGCGUCGCAAGUUAGCGCUUGAACCGCGUGACAUAAUGACAUCUGUGCACCGAAUGGAUUUGAAUACGUUGUCAGCUGAUAAGGUAGACAUCCUGUCGCGCAUUCUACCUCACGAGGAUGAGCGAAAGCUUUAUGCUGAACGAGGAGAUGACGAAGGUCUUAGUGAUGAGGAUCGCUUUAUGGCAGCGCUAUGUGAAAUCGAACGUCUUGAGCAUAAACUUAGCGUUAUGCGUGUUAUGGCGGAUUUCGACGAAAGUGCUGCCCUUCUGGAGCCGCAAUUCACUCAUGUCACUGCUGCUUCGAAAUGUGCUCGUGAAGCAACUAUGUUCCAUCGUGUUCUGGAAGUAAUCCUUGCCUUCGGGAAUUACAUGAACAGCGGCAGAAAAGGAAGCGUAUAUGGAUUUCGAUUAUCGAGUUUGGAUUCGCUCGCCAUCUUGAAGGCGCCGUCAGACCGUAGUCUUACCUUAUUGCACAUGGUUGUUGAGUCCAUUGAUAGAUCUUUCCCCGAAUUGAUGAAAUUCUCUGAACAGCUGAAAUUUGUGGAUAAAGCAUCUGGAGUGCAAUGGGAUAGCGUGCUUUCGGAUAUGAAAGAACUUGAGUCGGGCUUCGAAAUGGCACGAAAAGAGCGUGCAAUGAAGGGAGAGAAUUGCCCUGCGCCACUAUCCGAAUUCUUGAACACUCACGACGAAAGAAUGAAGCAAUUACAGGAACACGCUAAGCUUGCGCAGAAAACCUAUGAAGCAUGCAUCGAAUUCUAUGGCGAAUCGGCACGGACAAUGCCACCCAACGACUUUUUCUCAAAAUUGAGUAAAUUUAUAGUGAAUUUCAAUCGUUGCAAACAGGAGAACGACGCAAGAGAAGCUGCCGAAAAGCGUCAACGUGAUGAGGCAGAACGACGAUCGCGUGCAGCAUCGAAGUCACAGCAACAUGAUGGAAUGAUGCGUGAAUUGGCGGAAAGAAUGGGCAAUGGAAAUGCUUCGAAACGACAGCGCGGGAAAAUUGCCAGCCAACAGAUCGGACAUGGGGACUUCGAGAAGCUGAUGAGUGGUCUCAAAGAAACCUACGCGGUGUCGCCUGCUCCGAAUGUACCUACACCUUCAAGGAGAAAAGUGAGUGCGAGUCCAUCGCCAGCCCCACGAGUCGGACCACCUGUGGCAGCGAAAACACGUGUGAUAGGGGUGGAACGCGAUAGGCAGUGA